GCGCUUUAACCAGACACCAGUCAAGUGAUGUGUUUCUGCAUGGUGUGGAAAUUUGUUCUAUUUCCGUCAUUUAUUUCAGGGACUCUUCACUGCCAGCCUAGUCCAUCUGGUCAUUAUUCACAGUAGGAAUUGUAGCAUCAUCGAUCAUGGCAGCACUGGACUUCAUCACUGUUGACAGCCGACUUGUCGACCCAAUGACCGUGAACCCGAACAUGGACAAUGAGCUCUCCACCAUCGAAGACUUCCUGGAGUUCUCGACAGCAGAGUUGAAAUACUUCCUGCUUAAUAAGGGGGAAUCUAUUGCUGGUUGCAGAGCUGAAUUGGCAGAGCGUGCCAUUCUGGCACAGCAGCGAGCCAGUAGCAGUGGUCCAAGCGAGCCCAAGAAGUUCAAGAUUGAGCGAGAGGACAGUAAAGGAGAGUAUGCCAACGUUCUUGAGGAAUACAGUCUGACGGACCCUGACGUCGCUAAUGAGUGGAGCGUGGAUAUCUCAGGCAUUCCGAGCCUGGACAUCGGGAAGAUCUUCCACUACAUCCUCACUAAAGAGGCCUUCGACACAUACUACCUGAGCGAGUACAAAGCGAAGAAAGCGUACCAGUUUCUUGAGGCGGUCUGUGUCCGUAGCAUCCAGGUUCAUGUCGUGACUAACUUUGUCUUUGUGAAAGGGACCAUUGCACCGUUGAACCAAACAGGGGAUGGCUUUGAUGCUAAUAAGUCACCCAACAUUGUGAAGAUUCUGACGACUGCAGACAAUGACAUUGUUGUGUCAUGCUGCUCCUGCACGUCUGACCUCUACCAGUGCUGCAAUCAUGUCAUUGCAGUGCUGUUCCGCGUUGAGCGGCUUGCACGUGAAAUGGAGGCACGUGACUCGGCAGGGAAAGAGCCAGACUCCCCCCCAGAGCACCAGGAUGUCUCCAAGCCAGUGAAGAUCAGUGACCUCUUCAAGAAGAAGGACCCCUAUGCCCAGAUGCUGCUGGAGCGUAUACAUAGGCCCUCGGCUGAAGAGAAGCGGCGAUUCAUGGAGAAGAUUUGCCAAACCAUACCCAAUUGCCUCUUCGCCCAGAUGUUCAAGGGCUCCAUCGGUGUGACCCAGGGAGUUGACCAGGCCGCUCAAGGCACCACACCUGCCGCAGAACCAAGCCAAGCCCAAGCAACAACCUCCCGAGUGACAAGGGCGGCCCAAGUGACAAUGCCUGCCCAAAAGACAAUAGCUGCCCAAUCAAGGGCAGCUGCUCAACCGGUUCCAAGGGCCAUCCCAAUUGCCCUGACAGCUGUCAACAAUACAAAAACUGCCAUUGUUAUCCCAGUUUCCACAGUUAUUGGGACCGCACGGGUCACCCAGCCCACUCCGACUACCCUUUCCUCUCAAACAGCAACCACCCAUGCGCCCACUAAAUAAGCUUCUUUGGGGGGUUUCUCUAUCAACUCAACUUCAUCUUGGGUUCAGCUGCAGGCUUCAGUUUACAUGUGGAUGUGAAGUCACAGACAAAGCUGUUGAUUGUUUUUUUGAAGAUUGCCACACGACCCAUAUCCAAACAACUGUCGUUUUAUUUGUGGGCAUGAAAGAGCUGUUUACAGAGUAUGUGUCAGUCUUGCUUGUCGGAAACCAUUUUUGAUGUGAACUGUGGAGAGAGGGGAAAAGAUGUACAUAUUGAGUUUGUCAGGUGAUAUGAACUUGUAACUUAAGCUGGUCACAAUCUGUUUCAGUUAUCAUUGCACUGCAUGUCUUGAUGAGGGGAGGGCCAUUGUUGUUAUCAGCGGUGUAAAUUUGUGCUUGGGAUGGCAGGAGAGGGAUGAUAAAUAUUGUAUGGCCAUGGAAAUUUAAGGGGGGGUGGCUGACAUCCUGUGACACUAGGGACAUUGUUCGUGGUACAGAUGUACAUUUUUAGUGCACUCCCGAAUCUGAAAUGAAAGCAGCGUAUUUAUAGGGUUAUUCCCUUUCUUCUUCUUUAAGGGGCAUUGUGGAUGGGGGGGUGCAAUAGUAUGCCAGACGAGAAUGGAGAAGAGACCACUGCAGUCCCCUUCAAAUAAUAUUUUUCAAUAUUUAUUUAUUAUGUUUGUAUAAUGAAUCAUGCAAACCCAGCAACUUCAGCCAAGUCAGUGAUGUUGCUUAAAGAUUAUGCCCAGCAAAAAAUGGUGUAACAAAAAUGUCGUGCAAGGUAAAUAGCAUGUGACUGGUUUUGUGCAUUUUCCAUAAAUUUGCCAAGUGCAAUUUGUCAGCUGGGUAGCCCCAUGUAAUUAAUUGAACCCACAGAGAUGCUAUAUUUGCAGUGGCACCACCUCCACUUGCAUGUCAAAGGUGUUCUCAAAUUUCAAGCGCCCGUGCCUCUUGACAAGUUGCAACACCCAAGUGGUUCAAGAACCAUUCAAAGUGCUUGUUCCACCUGUGUGUAAGACUGGGACUACCCCUGUGAUGGCUGUGGUAGUUUCCACUCCAGUCUCUGACUACAAGGUUGGUUAAUAUCAGUAGGUUUUAGAGAUAUUUUAAACGACUCUUCAAAAGUUCCCAUUCUUUUGAUGGCAACCUUUUAAUACAAAGUUUAUGUUUAUGUGCAUCAUUACCACUUAGUAGAGAGUCCCAACUCUUGUUGAAAAGAUUUGUGAAAUAGAGAUGUUUCAAACAGAAAUCCUUUCUGAUCACAUGUCCUCAUUUUUGUGCUGUUUUCUAUCUUCAUGGAGUGGUCAUGGGAUUUUAAAUGCCGUCGAAAAUUGUUCAGAGCCUGCUUGUUUUGUUUAAAACUUUAUCUGUGAGAAAUAAAUGUGCGUUGGGGGGA